GUGCGGAUCCAUGUGGUUGCCAACCGUGCCGUUCCCAAUAAGUUUCAACCUCUUCAUCCGGUCCUGCUCGCGCCAUCGCCCAGGCCCAGCUCAUGACUCUCUAAUUCGACUCCUGUUCUCCUUUCUUCCUCACAGACCUUCUGCUACUCUCCUGGCUUUUUGCCUGCUGUAUUAUUUGCUUGUGAUCUGCUCUUUUUUGUCGGCGAUACUCGAUAUAUAGUGCUCUGCUCCGAGUCCUCCCAACCAGACCACCUAUUCGUUCCUGCUGCUCGGACUACCCAAACCCUCAAUACCCUGUUCCAAUUCGAUGGCCAUGGUUCGCUUGCGGCAGUGGCUUGGCUUUCCUUGAUACUAUCUGAACAACGCCCACCAAACCCUAGCCGAAUUCUAGCCGUCGAAGCCGACCUCGAACUGCUGCCCUCCCACGCCAUGGAGUCAUCACAGCAACCCCCUCCCCCGGGGUCGACUACGAGCGAGCCUGUCGAUCUCGCCACGACAAACCCCUAUUCUCUGCAUCAGGCAGUCUACGCUCGGCGCGCCGAGUAUGUCCGCCCCCACCGUAUCCGCGUCAAGAUUGGAACAUGGAAUGUUGCGGCCUGCCCUGGCACGGAUAAGGACCUGGCUGGUUGGUUCGUUUCUGGAAGGGGCCUCGAUGCAGCUCUGACAUCGCUGGACCUGUCCGACAAUCCGGUAGUGGAAAAAGACGGCCCGGUCUCUCCCUCGACCGACGCUGUAGGCGAGCAUGCCGUCCACCUGGUGGGCGGAGACAAGGUCGGGCUCUACGUGCUGGGCUUGCAAGAGGUUGUCGACCUAAACACGCCUGCAUACAUGGCCCGGGUCUAUGCGGCGGAUCACGGGCCCGUAGGUAAGUGGAGAGAUGCUCUGGAUUCGGCCCUGCCCCCGGGCUACCAGCUCAUCGUCGCCGAGCAAAUGUCGGGAAUCUUGCUCUUCGUAUACGCAUCUCCAGAUGUGGUCCCGACUAUCAGCAACGUCAGUAGCACAAGCGUGGGGACCGGCGUGCUCGGAUAUCUGGGGAACAAGGGUGCUGUUGUUACCCGCCUGAUCCUGGGCGACUCUACAAGAAUGCUCUUUGUCAACUGCCAUCUGGCGAGCGGCAACGAGGCUUCGUACGUCGAACGGCGCAUCUGGGACGUCGGGACCAUCCUGAGUCGCGCCCAGUUCAAGCCAGCCUCCAUUGCCGGUGUCUCUGAGGAUGACCCGGAGAAGAUCGGCGACGAGGACUUCGCCUUUUGGCUAGGCGACUUGAACUUUCGCCUGGACGGCAUCCCCAGCGAUGACAUUCGCCACCUGCUAAUGCUGCAUUCGCGAGGAGAGUACGACUUAUCCAAGAGAGGUCUCCCGCGCGAAGACUCCCUGGAGGGCGAAGGCGUAGUCGUGUCAUCUGAGGGUAGCGAGGAGACGACGGACAGAGAGCCGACUGCGUCCAGCUCCCGUGCCCGUGCACAAGACGACGACGACUCUGAGUUCUUGCCCGACCCAGAUGACUUCGUGCCAGAUCCCCACGAGGAUCCCGCCUCGCUUCAAGCCACGUUGGACUCUCUGCUGCCGCACGAUCAGCUGAAGCGCGUUAUUAGGCAGCGGAAGAUCUUCCACGACGGCUGGCGGGAAGGGCCCAUUACCUUUUUGCCAACGUAUAAGUACGACGUUGGUACAGUAGGCCUCUUUGACUCGAGCGAGAAGCGGCGUGCUCCGAGUUGGUGCGACCGGAUCUUAUAUCGGAGCCGCAAGGACAAGGAAGACUUUGAGAAGAAGAUCAAGGAGGAAGAAGACGCCCGAAAGAAGGACGAAGAGAUGAGAGCGCGUGGGAUAGACCACGCCGCCGAGGAAGACGAGGUGUUGUUCGACUACGGCCCCGAUCCAGACGACGAUAACCAGCCGCAGGAGUCACCGGGGUUAGACUACGACGAGUAUGACGACGGCGAAGAGGGCAACGUGGACCAGAUCGUGACCAAGGAGGGGUUCAACGACAAGAUACAUCUCGAUAUAUACACAUCGCAUCAACGCAUUACGUCCUCAGACCACAAACCCAUUAGUUCCGUAUUUACGCUCGAUUACGACGCCGUUGUCCCUGAACUCAAGGCAAAGGUCCACGCCGAGGUUGCACGGGAGCUUGACCGUGCCGAAAACGAAGGCCGACCUGGGAUUACCGUUGUGGUAGAUCACCCCAACCCGCACAGCUCAGAACAAUCCGACCGCCAUGGGGACCCUCCAGAGCACCUGGUUGACUUUGGUGAAGUACGCUUCAUGAAAAAAGAGACAUCGACCCUAACCUUGGCCAACACCGGCCGCGUGCCAGCAACUUUCUUGUUUGUCGAGAAGCCCACGACCGGGGAUCCCGACAACUCCACUCUGCUGCAGUGGCUGACGGCGUCGUUCAUUCGCCCGGAGCCCUCUGGUGACGAACCAGAGUCUUUUGAACUCGGCAAGGAGGUUACACUAGAACCCGGCGAAACCGUGCAAGCUCUCCUAGAGGCCUCUGUCAGUGAGAUAUCACAUGCGCGGAUGCUCAACGACGGCGAAGCGAGCCUGGAGGAAGUCCUUGUUCUCCGCGUCACGGACGGCCGAGACCACUUCAUCCCGAUCCGAGGAACGUGGGCUCCAACGUGCAUCGGCCGCUCCAUCGAUGAGCUUAUUCGGAUUCCCGAAGGGGGUAUUAGAAAGCUCGCCAAAGCUCUCUUGGAGAAGAAGGUCAGGGCAGGACCGAUCCCAUAUGACCUUGACGUUCAUAGCGCCGCCCCCAGAGAACUCUUCCGGUUCACGGAAGCUAUCGAGACGCUAACUGAGCGUGCUCUAGCGGACGAGCAAAUGGUUGAAGACUGCAGGAUACCAAAGGACGCCGGCUGGCCUUUUGAAGAGAGCACCUGGAAGUCGAGCGAUGGGGAUUCCAGAGCAUCGCUUGUCGUCGACAUCAUCGACGCCCUCGAUCACGACAGACCAAUUUCGGAUGCAUUUGCGCCCGAGACUUCUUGCAUACAGCGCCUCGAGGCUGUCGGGGAGGCACUCCUUCUCUUCCUACGAGGCCUGACAGACGGGGUCAUCACGACGUCGAUAUGGGAUCGCAUUGAGCAGGCAGCCCUACCCUCUCUUAGUCCGUCUGCCGCGGCUUCAAGGCCUCCUCCGGGCGCCGACUUUGAGGCCGACAAGACCACCAUCUUGGAUAUUUUGUCCACUACGCCCAACCACAAUAUAUGUUUUGUAUUCCUGACCGCGACCCUGGCUAAGAUCGUGGCCGAACUCUCGCCCCUGAGCAGAGCCGAACUAGAGGCCCUGAAAGCUGACUCUGGCUCUCGAGUCAUGGGUGUUCUCGGCCGGAGAUCACUCAGCUUCCGCCGAGGCGGGACGUCGCCGGCUGCCGAGGCCGCGGCUGCUUUUGAGAGGAGGCAGACUCGGGAGCGGCGGUUCGCAGAGGUAUUUGGUCGAGCGAUCUGUCGGGCCCCUGUUCCGGAAAGGGAGAGGGACAAGAAGCUUGUCGAGGAUCGGGAGCGUGCCAUCGUCGAGCUCUUUCUCCGCCGCCGCGGGGAUAGCUAAGAUAACUUGUACGCGACAUUUAAGAGAGCAGCCCCUAGAUCACAGAUGUAGUGGAAUAUGACAAAGUUUUGUAUGGUUAUGUUCUGCCGUUGUGAGUUUUGGUGUUCGGUGGACUUUGGACCUUGACUCUUUGGGUGCCGUGUUCGGCACUCGACGGCGUGCGUCUAGAAGCACAACGCUGCGUCUAGAAGCACAACGCUACGUCUAGAAGCACAACGUGGUUUCUCAUCUCCAUGCUUGAUGUUUGCAAUCAGCCUGCGAUUAAGUUAGCUUACCCAGAUUUGGCCAGGCCCCACUUUUGGCCCGGGCGCCGCCCGCACUUACACAACGCAACGCAUGACAUUUGAAGCUAUAGAAAAAGGUCAAAUCAACUAAUUAC